AUGGAGUGGACGGAGGAACAUGACAACUGCUUGUGCCAAGAAAUUUUAGUACUUGAACCCUUUAAGUACAAGAAAGGAAGCAUUUCUAGAGGUCAGAUCUGGGAAAAAAUUGCAAACAAUCUGAACGGCCUUGAGCUCCCCCGAUUCAAAGUCAGUAAGCGUGCUGUUAGAGAGAGAUACACGCUGCUGAGCGAGAAAUUUAAAGCAAAGAUGAAAGACGAAGAGAAGGCCAGCGGAAUCGAAUGUGAUUUGAGUGAUGUGGAAAAGGCUCUGGAAGAAAUAGCCGAAAAAAGAAGUUGCAGCUGA